CGCAAGAAACGCAAACAACACACAAUCCACCGGCGCCAGGAGCAAGAGAAAGGAGGCACAACAAUGGCGCACAGCGGCGGCAGCAUCGCCUUCUUCGGGACCUUCAGGCCUCUGGUGCCGCUGGACAUCUUCUCAUUGCCAGCGAAUCCGCAGCCGUCGUCGGCCGAGCAGCGCCUCACCGAUGGCAUCUCCUACAACCACAACGGGCGCGCCAUCCCUCCGGCGCCGCUCAAGGAGCUGCUCGCCUUCCUGGCCAAAAAGGACCCCCCGGUGAAGUGCGGCGGCGCUACUCCGGACGACGUGGACAGCGGUCUCGUCACCGGCAUCGUCUUGGUCUCCGAGAGGGACAACGGCCUGGAGACGCUCCAUGUGGCCCUGAGCGUCAAGGACACGCCCACGCCCACGGUGCUGAGCCUGCGCGACAUCUACGGCCACGACGACACCUUCAGCGGCGUCCGAAUGGAGGACAGCGGCUGCUUCGCCGGCGGCUUCACGGUGGGCACCAGGGCUGUUGGGCACUCGCUGGUGUACGUGUCCACCAAGGAGCCGGCGAAAGCACGGCGCACCCCGUGGACCGCGGUGUACAAGACCAGCCUCGAAGACGGCAGCACCGAGCGGCUCACUCCGCAGUAUCAAUACGACAUAAACCCGGCCGUGUCGCCGUCUGGGAAGAGGGUGGCGGUGGCCAACUUCCGGUUCAACCAAUGGACCGGCGAGAUCGACCGCAUCAACACGGACAUUGUGGUGAUGAACGUGGACCGGCAGGCGCAGGGCGGCCUCAGGCGCCGCGUCGUCAUCAAGGACGGCGGGUGGCCCACGUGGGGCAGUGACAACGUCAUCUUCUUCCACCGUGGUAAGUUUGUGCCUGGCAGGCGGCAGCCCUGUUGGCAAGUGUUCCGCUACGACCUCACCACCAACAAGAUCGACGCCAUGACGCCUGAGAAUAUUGACGCGAUGACUCCCGCCGCCAUCGACGAGAACAAGGUGGCCGUGGCUGCCACCCGGGCGCCGUUCGGGCUGCAGGCAGUGGCGCCCGAGCAGCGCACCGCCGUGGGCCAGUUCAGGCAGAUCGAGAUCUAUGAGGCCGGCAAGCCUGCAGACCCUGUGGUGAUCACCAGCAACAAGACGGACCACUACAACCCGUUCCUGCUGCAGCGCGGCAGCAGCAACACGUCAGUGGGGUUCCACCGCUGCAGGGACGGUGACGCCGAGAAGAAAUUCAGCAUGCUGAAGAGCCCGCCGACGCACCAGGACGUGGCGCUCUACCGUGGCGCCGGCGUGUUCCCGACCUUCACCAACAAGGGCUCCGAACUCGCCUACGUGGACAACGACUUCAGAACCGUGUAUGUCGCCGACGGAGGAGUUGAGCCGCGAGCAGUCUACAAGCACGAAAACAGCAACAAAAUCUUGUCCGUGACGUGGAACCAGAAGCACGACACCCUCUACUGCUGCAUCGGCACGGCCUUCACCGGAGGCGAGAUACAGAUCUGGGCCAUCUACAACGUUUGCGACGAGGACACGAAUAAGCAGAGCUGGAAGCAACUCACGGACGACACAAAAAAGUACAACAACGCCUUCCCGUCCAGCAACAAGGAAGGGGACAAGCUGGUGUUCCGGUCGUCGUGCGACCGGAGCGGCGGCGACAACAAGUUCAAGAACCUCUACAUCAUGGAGGACGCCACGGAAGGGGACUCCAGCGCCGGCAAGGUGACGCAGCUCACCAAGGGGGACUGGACCGACACCCACUGCUGCUGGUCGCCCACGGACGACUGGAUCGUCUUCUCCUCCUCCCGCGACAGGGCGCCCCCUGGCACGGACCCGGCCAUCCUCGACGCCGGCUGCUUCUCCAUCUUCAUGGUCAACUACAAGGACCCCAGCGUGGUGGUCAGGGUCAUGCACAGUGACAUGUCCCUGGCCGGCCACGUGUGCCACCCAGUCUUCAGCCCGGACAGGAAGAGCAUCGUCGUCACCUCCGACGUCGCGGCUGUCUCCGCCGACCCGGCCUCUCUGCCCAUCUUCAUCCACUCUGUCAGGCCCUACGGCGACAUCUUCACCAUCAAACUCCGCGACCCGGACUGCCUCGAGAAGAACGGGGACAUCGUGGAGUUCGACCGCAUCACGCACAGCCGCUAUGAGAACUCCACGCCCACCUGGACCGAGUUGGCUGCAGACCCCAAUGACCUGCUGACCAGCAGCCGCACUGGCCAUGCGGCGGGGCCGUGUCCCUUCUUGCACUCUACAGCCUACAAAUGCUAGCAUGCAUUCAUGCCUGCCAUCUAUCGCGCCAGCUUCCAUGUUUUGUUUGUUAAUUUUGAUUUGUUCCACCUGGCCUGCAUCUACGUACGUGUCGACACGCAAAUAAAAGACCUUCCCAUGCAUAUUUAUGUAUCCCACAUCUAUAUUCCAUCCCUUCCAAAAUAUUACCGUCUACUAUUUGAAACGAUUUGCCUCAUACAGAUGGUAUUCAAUUGUCACCAA